CGCUUUGACCGUUCCGCAUACCACUCGACUCGACUCCGACCGCCAUGCGGCGGAAGCGUGUGCUUCCUCUGGCUGUAGCUUUGGGCCUGGCGUCUCGCUCCUGGCUGGCUCCCAAGGAGCCGGAGCGCCCUCUAGGCCGGCGUGCAGCCUGGGCCGCGUGGGCCGGGUUAAGCGCAGUGGAGCCUGCGGCCGCGUCCGGCGACAUCGAAGAGCCUUUGACUUAUUGCGGGGGCGGCUUCUGCGCCCAGUUCCGCCUGGGCGGACUCCAAUUCCGUGGGGUGGUGGAUACAGGCAGCCCCUUCCUCUUGGUGAGCACCUGCGAGGAUGGCGCCUCCGGCGGACGCCAGAGUUGCGCCUCCUACUGCAAGGCCUGGGGCUGUAGCACCCAGAAGCGUGGCCAGCCGUCGGGCCUCGAGGACACUGACGAGGUCUUCGCUGCUGGCACGGCACGGGUGAGCUGGAAGAGGGACUCGCUGGAGCUGGGCGGCCGCAACUUCGGGCCUGUGACCUAUGGCGCCAUGCUGGAGGUGGAAUCCUACGGCGGCAAUGGUGGCGGAGCCUUCUUGGGCUUGGUGCGGGAGAAGGCUGCGAGGAUUCGCCCCACGCUGGUCGGGCAGACUCCCCUAAGGACGGUGGCGGUGGACCUGCGCACGCCGGGCCAGGAGCGGCUGCAGCUCUCUGGUGAGCCGCCAGGCACUGCCAGUGCGAGCGCCGCUGUGCCCAUGGUGGACCUGCGCCGAAACGGCGCGCCGCUGCGGUACUACGCGGUGCAGGCCAAGGGUCUGCGGGUGGCUGGGGAGCCGCUGGACGUGGGGCCGCUGGUGGCGGUGCUGGACACCGGGACCACAGGCCUGGGGAUGCCCUCGGGCCUCUUCGCGCGCUACGACAAGCUGCGGCGGCAGAAGGCCUCCGAGCUGGGCCUGCGGCGCGCGCAGGCAGUGGAUAUCCUCCUGCAGAAGGAAGACGGUUCUGAGCUCUCGCUCAGUCUGCUUCCCGGGCGGCAGUCGGGGUAUGGCCAGGACCGCUUUGACAUCGUUACUCCCUUGCCGGAGCCGUCUGGUAUGACGGCGGACGCUUCGGCGCUAUGGACGGGGGAAGGCCAUAUAGGCGCCAAGCCCAUGCAGCUGAGCAACCGCGGCUUAGUGGCCGAGGCGCCUGGCAACGGCGUUGGCUGGGCACAGGCCGACAGGCCUUUGAGUCAAGGCGAUCGAUUUCUGGUGAGGCUGUUGCCUUCCAAAGGCCGUGGCCAAAGUGCCGCGUGCAGCGGGUGGCUUGGUCUGGCGCCGCGGGGCGCCUGCCUGCAAGGGGAGGAGGACACCUCCGCCUACGGUGGUUGGGCCUCGGAAGGCAAGCUCCGAGCCGGCGAUUUGAUUGAAUGCCGCCUGGCAGAUGACGGCUCUGGCACAGUCUUUUGGCGCGUGAACGGUGGUCAGGCGAUCACGUCCAAAGAGCCCCUGGCCACUGCGCGCAUGGUCUACCCCACCGUGGAACUGGCGGAGGGCUGCGACGUGGAGCUGCUGUCCACGCCCAUUCCCAGCCCGCUGGAGCGGGAGCAGUCCAUGUCUUGGGCGGCGCCUCCCUCCGAGGAGGCAAAGGACCGGCCCACGCUGGUCUUCCUGGGUCUGGGCUUCCUGCUGGGCAGGAAGAUGAGCAUCGACACCGUUGCGAAUCGAGUUAUCUUCACAUGAAGCGUCACUUCGUCGGAGCGCGCCUAGCGAGCUCAAAACCGUGCGGGUUGGCGCGUGUUUUGGUCUGCCGGAUCGAGUUCUCAGAAGUUUUGCCUGGUUCCCCCU